UCGGCUUUCUCCACUGUGAGGUGGGUGAUACGCUAUCGGUGCAUGACCGGCGGUGCGUCGUUCGAUGCAGCGUCGGGGCAUUGCCAUUCUUUAGAGGCACAUCUGCUCGAUUGAAAUAAAGGGCACUCGCAGGCGCUCCGUCCUCGACGCCCCAAGCUCACAUCUGUCUGGCCCCUCACCCCAUAUCUCGCCAUGUCCAGCUCUACAGCGACUGUGAACAGUGCAGCAAAGGGCCAAGAAAGUCCUUCGUCUCUGGAUGGUGCUCCCGAUGCAAAGCUGGAGCAGCUGCCUCCGCCCGCUGCGCCGGUCCACACCUUUCCGGAUGGAGGUGGGGAGGCGUGGCUCACCGUCUUGGGCGCCUUUUUCGCCCUCACGGCUUCCUUUGGCAUGCUGAGCUCCUUCGGCGUGUUCCAGACCUACUACGUCUUCUAUUUCAACAAGACACCGUCCGAAGUUAGCUGGAUCGGCAGCCUGCAGUUCUUCGUCUUUUUCAUCGUGGGCCCGCUCGUGGGACGGGUCUUUGACGCCUAUGGGCCGCUCCGUCUGAUGGCUGGGGGCACGUUGACGCUCACGUUUGCCAUGAUGAUGACGUCGCUGUGCACCGAGUACUGGCAGGCCAUUCUGGCGCAGGGCAUCCUCGUCGGCCUGGGCAGCGCCAUGCUCUUUUUUCCCUCGCUCUCGAGCAUCGCUUCGCACUUUCUCAAGCGUCGCGGCCUGGCCAGCGGCCUCGGUGUUACUGGCAGCUCGGUCGGCGGCGUCAUCUUUCCCAUUGCGCUGCAGCGUCUCAUUGGCGAAAUCGGCUUUGGCAUGUCGGUUCGGGUGUCUGGCUUCAUCUGCCUGGCCCUGGGCAUUGCAGCGACAGCAUGCGUCAGAAGCCGCCUGCCCAGACGAAGACCAGGGAAAUGGCUGGAUGUGUCGGCGUUUAAGGAGCCAAAGUACGCCAUCUUGACCAUCGGUGCCACCAUCAUGUCCUUUGGCCUCUUUGUUCCUUACUAUUACAUCGAGCCAUUCGCGCUGAGCCAGGGCGUCUCUCCUGACUUGGCCUUCUACAGCGUAGCCGUGAUGAAUGCGGGCUCCUUCUUUGGACGGCUCCUGGCCGCACCUCUGAUGGAUGCGGUGGGCAAGUACAACGUCCUGAUUCCAGCCACCGGCCUCGCUGGCGUUCUCUGUCUGGCUCUCUGGCUCCCGACGACGGUGGCGACGGCCCCACACGCCGUGCUUGCCCUCGUCAUGGUCUUUGCCGCUGCGUUUGGCUGCCUGAACGGAGCAUUCAUGGCAUGCAUGGCGCCGUCGAUUGCCGCCAUCUCGCCCAUCACGAGCAUCGGUGUGCGCAUCGGGAUGCUCUAUGCCAUUCUGGCUUUUCCUAUGCUGGUCUGCAAUCCCAUCGCUGGCGCCUUCCUUUCCGACGGCGGCUCACCCGCAACCUAUCGCCAUCUGAUCAUCUGGUCGGGCGUGACGCAAAUUGUGGGCGCCUUCAUCGUCGUCGGCACCCGCGUCCUGAUUAACCCAAAGGCCGCUGCCAAGGUGUAAUGUCAGCAUCAGCGAUCACUGCGAAUCACAUGCUCUUCUGCCUUACGAAGUGGAUUGUCCUAAUUCUGGCAGAAGAAGAAAAAGCUCGUGGCCGGAGCAC